AAUCAUUGAAAAAAGUCGCAUAAUCAACCUAUUUUAUACUGAAUAUAUAUUCAUUAACGAGUUGACAUAUUACCUUUCAAUAUUUGUUAUUUGGUGUUUUGAUUUUGAUCUUUUCAUCAAACUGAUUAUUCGUAUCGAUAUUUUUAUCUAUUUCUACUUAACGAUAAUCAAUAUAUUCAAAACAAAAAUAAAUAUGAUGCAACAAUCAUCAUUACAGCGCCGUGCUACCCAUGCUGGUAGUUGGUAUUCAUCAACUGUGAUACAACUUAAUGACCAGCUUGAAUCAUGGUUGUCUAUGGUUGAUGUUUCGCAUGGUCCUGCCAAAGCGAUCAUCUCACCUCAUGCUGGUUAUCAAUACUGUGGUGCCUGUGCCGCUUAUGCCUACAAACAGAUUGAUCCACAAUCAACUGAACGAAUUUUUAUUCUUGGUCCUUCUCAUCAUAUUCGUUUGAAUGGAUGUGCUUUAUCACCGACAACUGUUUAUAAAACUCCAUUUUAUGAUUUGAUUAUUGAUCGUGACGUCUACGAUGAGCUUAAUCAAACUUCAUAUUUUCAAUCAAUGUCAUUGGCUGCCGAUGAAGAUGAACAUUCAAUAGAAAUGCAAUUACCAUUUAUUGCUAAAAUAAUGGAAUCAAAAGGUCAAAAUGGCUUUAAAAUUGUUCCUAUUUUAGUUGGUUCACUUUCGAAUGAAAAAGAAUAUUUGUAUGGACAAAUUUUAAGUAAAUAUCUACUUGAACCAGGAAAUGUAUUUGUAAUAUCAUCGGAUUUUUGUCAUUGGGGACAACGAUUCAGUUUUCAAUAUUAUAAUAAAGGAUGGGGUGAAAUUUAUCAAUCCAUACAAAAAUUAGAUGAAAUGGGUAUGAAUCUAAUUGAAUCAUUAGAUCCUUCAGCAUUUGCUGAAUAUUUACAACAAUUUCGUAAUACAAUCUGUGGUCGACAUCCGAUUGCUGUUUUGUUGAAUGCUAUUCAUCAUCUUCGUAAUGAAGGUAAAUUAAAAAAUAGUUCAUCAAUGCGUUUUCUUAAAUAUGCUCAAUCAAGCCAAUGUCUUCGUAUGCGUGAUUCAUCGGUCAGUUAUGCUUCUGCAUCUUUUAUAUUAUAAACUUGACGAUCAAAACAAAACAAAUGAAAAAAAAUGAAACCAACAACAACAACACAAAACAAAUGUAAUAAUCAACAAAUUGAAU